UCACAACUUUUUUUUGUUCAAAAACAAAAUUUACAACAUAAAUUUGCAAAAUAUUUUUUUUUCUAUCCAAAUACUUAAUAACUUGAACUUAACGGGGCCAUAAGGCCCAUAACAAUGUCUCGCAAAGCCUUUUUACUGAGGGCCUCGCUUAACCACAAGGGUGUAAUAGUCAUUUCACCUAAAGAAGCUUUCAUCCUAACCCCGACACUGGAUAAGCUAAACCAAUUAUCCAAACAGAUCAUUUCCAGUUCCAGAAACUACCACGAUUCGCAAACCCUAAUUCAAAUCAAAUUCACCGGAGACUUUUCACACGCGCCAUGGCUUCCGCCGUAGGAGGAGGCAGCGACGUAGAGGUCGGAUUCGCGAAGCUCCAAGGCGAGGAUUUCGAGUACUACAUGCAGUCAUACUCCAUCAUGCUCGGCCGCAACUCCAAGAAAUCCACCGUCGACGUCGACCUCUCCUCCCUCGGCGGCGGGAUGAACAUCUCCCGCAACCACGCGCGGAUCUUCUACGACUUCACGCGGCGCCGAUUCUCCCUCGAGGUCCUGGGGAAGAACGGCUGCUUCGUCGAAGGCGUCCUGCACCUCCCCGGGAACCCGAACGUGAAGCUAGACUCGCAGGAUCUGUUGCAGAUUGGGGAUAAGGAGUUUUACUUUUUGCUUCCGGUUCGGAGUAUCCUGGGCGGGCCGGUGGGGCCCAGGCAUCAUGUCUCUGGAGGAGGAGUGGUUCCGUACCAGAGUUAUCAUUCGGGUGGGGGCUCUAAGAAGAGUGGGAGGAGUAGAGAGUUUUAUGAUGAUGAUGAUGAAGACGAGGAGGAGGAGGAUGAGGAGGUUGUUAGGGGGAGUGGGAAGAAGAUGAGGAGAGAUGAAUAUGCUUCCACUGAGAAGAAGAGAGAGGGGAGAGGGAAGAUAGAUCGUGAAGCUGAUGAUCAGCAAGUUUUGCAGCUGGAGGAGAAGGAUGUUGUGUCAUCUGUUGCAACUGUGCUUUCUGAUUUGUGUGGUCCUGGAGAUUGGAUGCCUAUGGAGAAACUUCACUCGGUGAUAUUAAAGAAGUAUGGAAACAUAUGGCAUCACAGUCGAGUAAGAAGGUACUUGGCGCAAGAAGACUGGGCAAUCCCUGAAGCAAAUGGUAAACCAUGGUACGGUUUGCUGAUGCUGCUGAGGAAAUACCCGGAGCAUUUCGUAAUCAACACUAGAUCCAAAGGAAGAGUUACGCUAGAAUUUGUAUCCCUCGUUUCCCUACUCUCAUGAAAAACUGUAAUCACCAACAUGAAUGAUUGUACUUGUUCUACUAGUGGUGGAUUAUCGUUAUAAUAUCUUUUGAUUGUCUCCCACGAACUGAGUGUAUACACGGGGCUGCUUAAGCUUUUCUAUCUUAUCUUGACAUUGAAGUUAAAAUGCCCUUAGAAUUUUUCUCAUCAUCUUUGACAAAGGCCAAAAGUAAUUCGGGCAUAUCAGAAAAAGAACGACGUUUAAAAUGGAAAUAAGUUUAUGGGCCGGACAAGGCCCAUAGAUAGUGGCCCAAACUGGUUCAAGAAGAUGGUCAAGAGCCGACAAUAUAAAAUGGUUGAACGUGGGGCAUCUUUAGGGUUACCGUCAUUUCAUUUUGCAGCCAGCUGAGUUAGAAGUUACCAGAGAUUUGAUCGAAAAGAUGAUUUACGAUGUCAACUCCGUUCUCUUCAAAUCCUUCCUGAGCUCGAAGUUCUCUACCGACAAAAGGAGAGGCGAGGACAAGCCAAGAGAUCAGAAGCCCAAAGCCAGCGACAACAAACCUGUGAUGAAUGAAUAAGACUUAUCCUUUGUUUUGUAACGUUUCUAUGUUCUGAAAACAUUUUCAGUUUCAAUGGUUCAUCUUUAAUUAUUUAGCU